ACGCCCGCAGGCCGGGCGUUCACCGGCCGCGCCUCCUCCCGCCAGCCCCUCCCCCCAACUUCCCCCUCGGCGCCCCAAACCCGGGCUUCCUGAGUUCCAUGACGUGUGCGCACGGAGCUGGCCGCCGCCGCGCCGCCGUCGCUCUCCAACGCCAGCGCCGCCUCUAGCUCGCCGAGCUCCAGCCGAAGGAGAAGGGGGGUAAAUAAGGAGGUCUCUAUACCAUGGCUCGUACAAAGCAGACUGCCCGCAAAUCCACCGGUGGUAAAGCACCGAGGAAGCAACUCGCUACAAAAGCCGCUCGCAAGAGUGCGCCCUCUACUGGAGGGGUGAAGAAACCUCAUCGUUACAGGCCUGGUACUGUGGCACUCCGUGAAAUUAGACGUUAUCAGAAGUCCACUGAACUUCUGAUCCGCAAACUUCCCUUCCAGCGUCUGGUGCGGGAAAUUGCUCAGGACUUCAAAACAGACCUGCGCUUCCAGAGCGCAGCUAUCGGUGCUUUGCAGGAGGCAAGUGAGGCCUAUCUGGUUGGCCUUUUUGAAGACACCAACCUGUGUGCUAUCCAUGCCAAACGUGUAACAAUUAUGCCAAAAGACAUCCAGCUAGCACGCCGCAUACGUGGAGAACGUGCUUAAGAAUCCACUAUGAUGGGAAACAUUUCAUUCUUUAAAAAAAAAAAAAAAAAAAAUUCUCUUCUUCCUGUUAUUGGUAGUUCUGAACGUUAGAUAUUUUUUUUCCAUGGGGUCAAAAGGUACCUAAGUAUAUGAUUGCAAGUGGAAAAAUAGGGGACAGAAAUCAGGUAUUGGCAGUUUUUCCAUUUUCAUUUGUGUGUGAAUUUUUAAUAUAAAUGCGGGGACAUAAAGCAUUAAUGAAAGUCAAAAUGUUUCAGUGAACAAGUUUCAGCAGUUCAACUUUAUAACAAUUAUAAAUAAACCUGUUAAAUUUUUCUGGACAAUGCCAGCAUUUGGAUUUUUUUAAAACAAGUAAAUUUCUUAUUGACUGCAACUAAAUGGUGUUUGUAGCAUUUUUAUCAUACAGUAGAUUCCAUCCAUUCACUAUACUUUUCUAACUGAGUUGUCCUACAUGCAAGUACAUGUUUUUAAUGUUGUCUGUCUUCUGUGCUGUUCCUGUAAGUUUGCUAUUAAAAUACAUUAAACUAUA